AUGCCUCCCGCCGCUUACAACGGCUCAUCCACGCCGCAACACAGUUCGAGACCAGGAUCGACUAAACCCGGUACACCCAUUUCGAGUACCAGUAAUUGUUCUCUAAUAUUGAGGAAGCAACUUUUGGAACUGCAAAAAUACCCUGUAGAUGGGUUCUCAGCUGGAUUAGUGGACGAUGAUAACAUACUCGAAUGGCAAAUCGUCAUCAUGGGCCCCGCUGAUACACUGUACGAAGGAGCUAUCCUGAAAGCUAGACUGAUUUUCCCUCCAGAAUACCCACUAUUGCCUCCCAAGAUGAUUUUCGAUUCGGAGAUGUGGCAUCCAAAUGUGUAUAAUACGGUAGAUAAGAAAGGAGAAGUCUGUGUAUCAAUCCUUCAUCAACCAGGAGAAGAUGAAUGGGGAUUUGAAGAUGCAGGUGAACGAUGGUCACCUGUACAUGGCGUUGAAAGUGUUCUCGUCUCAGUAAUUUCCCUGCUCUCCCAAGAUAGUCCCGACCUCUCGUCACCAGCCAACGUAGAUGCCGCCAAAGAAGUAAGAGAAGAUUUUCCAUCGUAUAAGAAGAGGGUAAAGAGAUUAGCACGUCGAUCAGCUGAAGAAGCGUAUGAUUGA